UCAGAUUGUGGCCAGUAAGGGGGCAGCAAUAUGCCUAAAACAGGUCAGAUGGAGCUCAAAAUGUGUCACAUCCUGGCGAAGCACCAUUGAGGGAACAAAGAAGUUGUGAACCAAAUGAUGGCGAUAGCCUGAUAUCCUCAAUCCAACAAACAACAUGUCAAAGCGGCCAUCAUAUGCCCCUCCCCCAGCCCCUGCCCCCACAACACAAAUGCCCACCACCCCUGGGUUUGUGGGGUACAACCCAUACAGCCAUCUGGCCUACAACAACUACAGGCUGGGAGGGAACACCGGCGGGAACAACAGGGUAAUGAACUCCACAGGGAUCACCGUUCCUAAGCCGCCCAAACCGCCUGACAAGCCGCUGAUGCCCUACAUGCGGUAUAGCCGGAAGGUAAGCAGGAAGGUUUGGGACCAAGUUAAAGCCUCUAAUCCUGACCUGAAGCUUUGGGAGAUUGGGAAGAUCAUUGGUGGUAUGUGGAGGGACCUCACUGAUGAGGAGAAACAGGACUAUUUAAAUGAAUAUGAAGCAGAAAAGAUUGAGUAUAAUGACUCUCUGAAGGCCUACCACAACUCUCCAGCCUACCUGGCAUACGUCAAUGCUAAGAAUCGUGCAGAAGCUGCCCUAGAGGAGGAAAGCCGACAGAGACAGUCAAGACUAGACAAAGGCGAGCCCUAUAUGAGCAUCCAACCUGCUGAAGACCCUGAUGAUUAUGACGACGGGUUCUCCAUGAAGCAUACAGCAGCAGCUCGUUUCCAGAGGAACCAUCGACUGAUCAGCGACAUCCUGAGCGAGGUUGUGGUGCCUGAUGUUCGCUCCGUGGUGACCACUGCUCGCAUGCAGGUCCUCAAACGCCAGGUCCAGUCUCUCAUGGUGCACCAGAGAAAGCUUGAAGCAGAACUGCUUCAAAUUGAGGACCGACAUCAGGAAAAGAAGAGAAGGUUCCUGGAGAGCACAGAUUCCUUCAACAAUGAGCUCAAAAGGCUGUGCAGUCUGAAGGUGGAGGUGGAUAUGGAGAAGCUGGCAGCUGAAAUGGCUGCUGCUGAGGAGGCAGCUCGCAGGAGGGCAGAGGAAAGAGAGAGGGAAGCAGCAGAGCAGGUGGAGAGAGCUGCUCAAGAAGAGCAGCAGCCAGUCAGCGCCCAGACCAAUGCCAACCAAGAGCAGACCUCCACCAGCGAGGCCAAGGAUGGAGAAGACAAGCCCACGUCUAUGGAGACAGAUGAGACUCCAGCUGAAGGUUUUGAAGGCCCUCCGGAGGCAGAGCAAACAGCAACAGGAGAGAAACCUGCCCAACCUGAGCCUGCAGAGGGCGCUACAGAUGAGGGCACUAGUGACAGCACGGCUCCAUCUGAAAGCAGCUCUGGGCCUCCAGCUGAACCCCAGGCCUCAGACAACACCCCUGAAGAGCGACUACCCGCCCAGUCACAAUAACCCCACCCCCUAAAUCUCAGUCUUUGAUCUUUGAAGAAUUUUAUGUCCUGUAGGAUUUAUUUAAUCCCAUGACCUGGCAGUACAGCGAGUGAGAACAGUAAAAGAUACAAUAAUCCCCCCUCUAAUGUUUUACAGUGAAAGGAUAGCAGUAUAGUGAUAAUGUCACCUGAGUUCUUGAUAAUGUCAGUCAGCUAUUUGACAGGCGGCGCAGAUAUUUAUUUGAUCUGACAAGCUAAGUGCAAGAUGUUACAACCCCACUUGAGCACUCUGGUGCUUUAAUGCUAUUGAAAGUUGUUUUGCCAUUGGUAAGCAAAAAAAUAACUUAACAAAUGAGUAAAAUGUAGCGCUUGAAUCUUUCAGUCACCAGAUGGGUUGUGUAAAGAAGAACUGCAAGGGUAUUUGCUUUUGCUUACCAUGUUUUUCAUAACUGCCACUGUCUUAGACUGUAAAAUCAUAUCUUUCUUUCAUACUUUACAAGUUUAGUUGAGUAGUAUGUGGAUUGUAGUGAUGAUCUCUUCAGCCUUGAUUUUCCUCAAUUUUUUCCCCUUUUUUAUUUAUUUCAAAUAAAGCCAUGAUAUCACAUCACAACCAAUUUACCACAGAGCACGAGACAUUGAUCUGUUGGUAGCUACAUUGUAUUAAAGUAAACCUCUGGAUUAUUAAUUGUUUUUGUAUUGUUGCAAGUUAUUCCCUCAAAGUGAUUUCUAUGUCUGUUUUAAAUGUCUGCUAUUUUUAUGCAGUUCUUUGGAAUUCUGUUGUAGUAAUUGUUUUUGAAAAUGAUUUUAAAAGUGUUUUAUGGUUCAGUAGUUUUCAUGUCAAACAAUGGUUCAGGUGUUUAGUUGACUAACAAUUUGUGUGAAUACACAAUGCUUUUGCAUUUCACUGUACUCUUUUACAGCAGUGCAGUAACAUUUAAUGAUUUCAACUACUGUAAAACAAGAGCAAUAUAAAAAAAUGAGUUAAGUCAGUGUCAAUGUAAUGUACAAAGCAUACAAACACUGAUCAGCCACAACAUUAAAACCACCUGCCUAAUAUUGUGUAGGUCCAUCUCGUGCCACCAAAACAGCGCCAGCGCCUGCACCAACCAUCAUGCCAUGGUCCAAAUCACUGAGAUCACGUUUUUUCCCCAUUCUGAUGGUUGAUGUGAACAUUAACUGAAGCUCCUGACCAGUAUCUGCAUGAUUUUAUGCACUGCACUGCUGCCACAAGAUUGGCUGAUUAGAUAAUCGCAUGGAUGAUUGUUGGUGCCAGAUGGGCUGGUUUGAGUGUUUCUGUAAAUGCUGAUCUCCUGGGAUUUUCACGCACAACAUUCUCUAGAAAUUACUCCGAAUGGUGCCAAAAACAUGGUGGAAAUGCCUUGUUGAUGAGAGAGGUCAACAGAGAAUGGCCAGACUGGUUCGAACUGACAAAGUCUACGGUACUCAGAUAACCACUCUGUACAAUUGUAGUGAGAAGAAUAUCAUCUGAGAUGCGGGUUGGUGCUGUUUUGGUGGCACAAGGAAGACCUACACAAUAUUAGGCAGGUGGUUUUAAUUUUGUGGCUGAUUGGUGUAUAUUAAAUUACAAUAUAUUGAAUUCUAUACCCUCAAAUAAUCCCUAGUUUGGGUUUCUAAACAAAUUCUAAUAUCAUCUAAACUGAAACUCUGCUAGACCCCAUCUGUAGUAAAAUCCAUUCAAAAGCAAAAAUGAAAAAAAAAAAAAAGGCUUCGUUCUGUUCAUUGAAUGAAAUGAAGAGCAUAUUAUGUUAUGUUGGUUUUUACUUUGUCGUUUGUAUCCAUAUUACUUUGGCACAUGCUGCUCAAAUAACUUGUGGACAUAAAUGAUCUGCCAAGUCUGGAAAAUCUAAUGUGCUUUUUCUAUUAUUAUGGAGAUUUUAUUAUUUUUGUUGUUCGUAUGAUGAUGUUCAUCUGGCAGAGCAAAAACCCCAUGUGCAUUAAAGGAUGUGAUCAACCUAUAUUUAUCAUCAUAUAAAGGCAUCUCCAUAGCAACCAUAUGGAAAAGA